AAAAGUGCUCGAAAAUUUAUUGCAACAUAUAUUUCUAACAGCAAAUUGAGACGGACGAGUCACUGUCAGUUGUGACUAUUCGAUUGUAUUGCUCCUUUUGUUUGACCUUCAAUGCGUUUGCCGUGAGCUCGGAUGAUGUUUUUGUCAUUUGAGCUGAAUGAUUAAGAACAUAUGAAAAUUGCGUGUGAAGAGAAACACUACUGACAGACUACAUUUGCAUUUGCUAUGUAUGAUAUCUUCUACUUAUAGAAUUGCAUGACGUGGCACACCUCAAAAAUAACCCUCUCAUUGCCGAAAGGCUAAAAAUUAAUAUUGUGACUCUAGCGCCGUUUGCCUACUUGCUUUAAGAAGCACUAUACAGAUCAUUGUUGGACAACAGAAAAAAGGACUAACCAAUAUAAUUCGAACGGUGCGGAGAAAGAAAUGGCAGCAGGCACAUAUGCGCUGCUACGCGUGUGUUGUUGUGGUGUUUUGACUUCUCAGUUUCGAUGAGGCGUACAACGCGACGUGUAACGCUGGUCGGGCUUGCGCUCAGCGGCGCAUCUUCCGCCUCAGCAGACUCGACGAGGAGUGGGAAACGCAGGGCCGCGACUAAAGGCGGUGAAAGGAAGCAGCCGCCUGCAUCUGCACAGCGACCGCCUGUGGUAGAUCAUGACGAGCUGCACGAUGGAGAGGCACACGCACAGCACCGGAGAGCGGAGGCUUUUGUGCCUGGUAGCGGAGACCCGUCUUCGGCCAAGAAGCUUCAGUCGGCAGCUUCUCCUGGUAGUAGAGUAGAGAGCCGCAGCCAUGUGACGAGGGGAGAUCCUGACGAAGAACAAGAUGAAGAGCCGAACAGAAUCGAGCCGUUGCUAGAAGACACGGCUUCGACAUCGGAUGCAAGGGACGAAGAGCUAGGACCGCUGCCACCCGAUGCAAAGUUGAGGCGGCAGGGUGAGUUCCCGUAUGCAGAUCGCGUCGCCGACAAAGACCGGCCACAGCAGCCAGCCGUUUUCGACCAUCGCGGCAAGGAAAUGGAACGAGACCCGAAGACGGGGAGAUUGCUAAAGCUCUACGACCCAGACACGGGAGAGCUAGCAAGGUUGUUCGACGAACACGGUCGCGAGCUUGUCGUAGUCGACGUCGCGCGCGGUAAGCAAAGCACGCUGCAACAUCAUGAUAUGGAAAAUGUUGUUGUUGGCGGCGGACAGGUACACUCAUCAAUCGACUCCAAUAGAGGCACGUCGAGUACCAGCUCGUCAGCAAGAAGAACUGAAGGCAGAAUGCUGGACAGCCAAAAGCGCAGUGAGCAAGUUCGCGCGGACGCGACAAGCGUCGACUCUUCCGCUGAGUCCUCGUCAAGUACAAGCUCUCAACGACCUGGAGACCACCACACACGAACUGUGAGCGCCAAAGCGCUGCAGGACGGGCGGUUACAAGAAGGAGGCUCGUCGUCAUCAACUGCCAUGCAGCGUCGUCAUCUACCGCAAUCUUCGUCGAAAGACGAGAAGCAAUUUGUUACUUCUUACAGUUUCGAACCAGGACGUGAAGAUCUCGACGCACAGAAUGUUGAGAUAACCUGGAUUGAAGCCACUUCUACUAAAACGGAAGGCCCUAAUCCUAGAGGUGGCCCAUCGAAUGUUGAAGCUGAAGACACUCGCGCCCUAGAGGGAAGAGGUAGCACGACCACGACGAGUAAGGGAGGUGAACACCGGCGUUUGCUGGGAGAGCCGCAGGAAGAUGUCGGUUCGCCGGAAGAAGAAGAGUUUUCUCCAGGCACACGAUCAAGAACGCUAGGUGGAGAGGUGGUUGAGGUUGCAGAGAAUGAAGAUCGUGCGUCGUCAUCUGUUUUGGCCGAAUCUCGUGCAGCACCGGAAUUAAAGCAAGGAAGUCGACCGUUGCCGUCGGCCUUUCGAGGAGCAGGUCCAUAUGCUGAAGAUAGUCCACGACCGGGCAAAAAAAACUAUGAUAGUGCCCUUUAUCGCAGCACCUUUCACAAAGAUCUGCCCGAAGACCUGGCAGUGCGGCAAUUGCAACCUGGAAUCUUUGUCAUGGAUCGAGCGAGCGCAUUUUCGAAAGAGGCCUCGCUCGUGCAAAAACUUUUAGAAUACUCGCUUUCAGGUGGAACGCAGCAUGGGCUGUUCUCUACAUCGCCACUGGGAGAAGCGGCGUCCUUGGGUCUUUCAGGAGCUGUACUGUCGUCCGCACAGCAUCCCCCAGCAGAAGUCUCGAGCGUUGAAAGCGUGACGGUUUUCAGCACCACGCCAGCGGGUGUCUGGUCCCAAGUGAGUACCACGACAGUGGUUCACCGUGACGGGUCGCGCGAACAUAGCGAAAGUCAAUCCUUGAUGAGUCCCUUGUCUGAACCGCGCUCGCAGCCGCCAGCAAAAGACAAAGCCGACAAAGCUCAGACAACAAUGGCUUCUGCAAACGGGAAACAAAAACCUGAGGAUACUGGCAAAGAAAAAGCGUCUGCGGAAGACAAAUGCUUCUACCAGAACACAGUCUGCAGAGAGUGCAAUGGCCGGGAUGAUUGUCUAGAGCGGAAUCAGCUUAAUUUGCUCGACUACGGGGACGUUGACGAGGAUGGGGGAGGACUCUCUUCUUCAGCUUCCUCGUCAGCCUCUUCUUCCAAGCAGCCGCCCCGUUCCAGCGACGCUGAAACCCCCUCUGCCGCAGCGGCACCCACCACUGUAGAAACGAGCAGACGAAAGCUUGUGCUGGUGAGAAAGUUGCAGGAAAGAGACGAAGCUCGACGUCGAUCGCAAGAGGAGGUGCCCUGGCCUCACGAUUCAUCUGCAGACUCCGCGAGUGGAGGCCCAUCGCCCUCCUCGAUAGGUGCGAGAGAUGUUGUCAGUGUGCCAGAAGAGCAUCGCAAGGAGGGCGACAUAUCCUUCAACCACGAAGUGAUGGCAGAACUCUCUGCUCGCCGCAGAGCAGCGGAGAGAGGUGGGUCAGCGAUGGCACAUGUCGGGGCGACCACAGAUACUUCUAUGCGUAGACACCCGAAGAGCCUGGUUUCAGCAGCAGUAGAGCAGCUGAGAUCCUGGCAGAGCAUAGGUGAAGAGUUGGCUGCGUCCUACAUGAAGCGAGAGGGGACUGACGAGCAAUUCAAUGCAAGCUUAGAAGCGGAACGCGUGAGGCGGCGACAGCGGCGACGGGAGGAGGCGCUCGCCUUUGCGAAGUCGAGACUGCUAGGGAUCAACAAGCAACGCUUUUUGAGAACUAGAGAUCCUAGCCUUGUCUCGGACCAGCAGGCCUCAAGGGGGCAGCAGCGGAGAACAGCGAGAGUAAAGCAGCGGACGGGAGUAGACUAUGUAGAGGAUUUAGACAAUAUGGAUCCACCAGAGCUUCGAUAUCGGCAACUGAUGGAGCGCGAGCUUGCCAGUCUUCAAAAACCGAGCCAGAGUCCUACACCGGAAGUCUACAGCAAGCUUUCAAAGCGUUUACGGGCACAGGUAGCGGAGGAAGUCGCGUCAGGCGUAUUGCCGUCAAAGCUAGAUCAUCAAAGUCGUGCGAGCACGGUGAUGCGGAAGAGCACGUCGUCCUGCGACAAGAUGUCUAGUUGGGAAGACGAAGAUGAUGCGAUGCUGGGCGAGGCACUAGAUAGUAGCAGGAGCUACUCGACGUCCUCGACCAAAAAUAGCAGACCGCUCAAGGUCUCGGCGUUGUCUGCUUCCUCCCCCAGGCAUCGCCGGUUAGAACGGAAACUCAAGGCGGAGCGGCGCCAGCGUUUGCCGGCGCCUGGGUCGCUGCGUCAGCUGCAGGACGACGCAUCGCUGAUUGCGUGGAAGACGACGAUGGGAUUCACAGACGAAUGCAUCGGGUCCACCGGUAACUCAACGUUGAGGGAACUUGAGGAAAUAGCGCCGGGUCCAGGUGGGAGGAAACGAGGCGUGAUCGCGCAGCUAGAGCGGCAGAUGGAGCGGGAUCGAAGGAGGCACCUACGAAGACUAGAUGGGCAGUACGUGGCACGGCGCUUGUUGGGUAGUCCCACGAAUUUCGGUAAAGAAUCUGACUUCGAGGUGUUACGCAGUGUGGUCGAGCCCGCGCCGCUGACCUUAAAAGACCCGGCGAAGUUGCUGGCGCGACAGCGCGAGCUGCAGACUUACCUGAAGAGCACCUUCACCGGUCAAACGGACCAGUGUCUCUGCUACCACGAGAAUACCAUUUUCAAACCUGUAUUGGACCUGUUCCCCGUUAUGCUGCCCGACUUCCGGGAGUGCCUCACGAAGCAUUUCGCUAUGGGCGAUGCCUGGGAGAGCGUCUGCACGCUGGACGACGCAUGUAAAUACGCCAGCCGCAUCGCUGCGGAGAUGCAACUAGUGGAUGAGCCGCGGGAAGACUGCAACUGCGAGCUGUGCACGUGGGGCGAGGCUUGGCACGCGCCGGGACAGUCGUCUGCGAGCUGCCCCAACAACCACGCCGAGCUGUGGCGCGAGAUAUGCCAGCCGUGCAAGAAAAAGAGCAGCGUUGACAUUGCGGCAAUGAGCGACGCGGAUGUGCCGAAGCGGGACCGCUUCGAAAAAAUCGGCGAGAAGGGCGAAUGCACCGACAAGAGCCUGCGUUACGUGCGUGGCCGCGGUGGCGUGGCCGAGUCGCACACAGCGUGCCGAGACAUGUGCUGGCAAGCAGUGGGCCUCGACUGCUUAGGCUACUCCUACUACCACUGCUCGAAGCGGUGUAUCAUUCACUUGCGACUUGAGGGCAUGAACAAACUUUCGCGGUGGACCAAAGUGAAAGGCGAGGGCGACAUUAUCCACGGCACGGACGGUGCCUGCGGCAGCGAGUGCUACCGCGUCACCUACGGACAGUGCCCGCCGGGUCAGAUCGCAAGCGGCGGAGUCGACGUUACGUGGGAGUCGACAAUGGUCUACGGCCAGAGCGAGGUCUUCAAAUGUCCGAGUCCUUACACCGGGCAGGUGACCAUCACCUGCGGCGGAGCUAACAGUCAGACGGUCGAAGGCAUGUGCCUUGAGCCCUGUCCGAGUGGUUCGCUGGUACUUCAACAUCAUAUCACGCAGUAGCAGCUCAUCAUCAUUUUGUGAUUUUGUUUUUCAUUUUGCUCUCGCUUUUCUUUGCUCGCAAGUGCCGUUGAUUUUCCAGAAUCGAGAGCUGCUUCCUUUUAUGUAUUGUGGGUUUCUGCCUUGCCAAAGUGAAUGUUUUCUACCAUUUCCAACGUUUUCUGUCGUUCUCGAGUCGAGUUGGCUUACUGCGAUGAUCCUACAAUGAAUGUGUCUCAAAUUAUUGGAAAUACACUCUCUAGUAUUCAAUAAGCAGAAAGUAGCUGUUCGCUUGUUUUUCAUUGCAAAUAUUCCUAAGGAACUCCGCGACUAUCAAGGAGCCAAUUAGGUAGUUAGUUUCGAAUCCGAUAUUGGUAUUCAUCUUUCAUCUAUGCAACAGCAAUGGCAACAGUAACUAAACCACACACAAUAGGGAUCUCACUAGUGUUUCUUAUCUUCACGAACAGAUCUACCGGCCGGGGCUGAGUCCGAUCCCAUAUCCUGUGACGCCCAUCGCAACACGUAGAAGGCUUCCCUGUCCAUUCGAUCCUACGAAUCCGUCUUCGAAUAUUGAGUUGCUGUGUCAGUCAGACCGAUCUAUUUUGAUCGUUUCGCCCAAUUGCGGCGCGAGCUGCGCUCCCGGUAUGUACACGCUAAGCAUCGGUGGCGGCAUCAUUCCCUACGAUUUCAUGACGCAUCGGCAGCGCUUGGACUAUUUCCAGUGUCCCUUUGGCUACGUCGGCGUGCUCGACCUCAUCUGCAUCGAUGGCGUGGUCACGGAACAGCGAACGCCAGGGACCGGCUGCUUUCUGCACUGCUCAGCGGUGCAUGCUAUGGAUGUACCGCGUGCGGAGGGGAAAAACAGCACGUCGCUGGACGUCCAGCUGCGCGCAGAAUUCAAUCUGACGCAGCCCCAGUGGAUCGGCAAUCCCUCCCGUCUGUAUCAGAACGAGACCUUGCAACUCAGUUCGAUGAGUUCGCAGUUCCUGGAAGGCAUUUUUUUCAAACACGGCACACUCCUCGAUGCCCCUUGUAAGCCCUCGCCGCUUACUUACGGCAUUAUCCGAGUCAGCUGCAACAACGGGAUCAUCGAAGCGCAAGAUGAGGAUUGCAAGUACAUAUUUGUUGAGACAUUGCGUGGGGAAUCGCGUGCUUAUUUUUGAUAUUUUUGCUGUCUAACCAUUUCAGCCAAUGACGUUUUUUGGUAUCUCUACCCCCGCAAAACAUAUUUCUGCCGUCUAUUCUGGUCGACUAUUACUAGAGGGCACGCCUCAGAGGCGCAGACGUGGAUCCUCACCAUGAGCGCCAUUCGUAAAGUAUCUCUCGCGCAAGCCACUGCGAUCUUGUGGACAACGGCUUCGUAAUUGCUGAGGCUGGCAACAGAGCCGGCAACCAAGAGGGGGCGCUGUGGUCAGUGGUAGGACGGCUCGCCCGUUUUUGCGCCACCCUUUUGCCUUUUUCUCGGGACUUCCCUGCCUUAUAUCGCCAUUUUUCGCACCAUCUUCCGAAAGGAAGAGCCUUCUUCUCAAAGUGGGCCGUUUGCUUUUCGAAGAAAAGCGUCGUCUUCCCGACAAGAAGCGCACAUAAAGACAUCGAACUGCUCGUUCGCCGAGGACUCAUAUUGAGUUCGACGUUUACACAUGAUUAUACGAAAUGGAGCUUCCUGCGUCGAAAAGGGCUUUUUUUUUAUCUUCUACCCCCGUAACAGAUAUUUUCGUACUCGUUUCUUGUGUGCCCAUCUUUUCGAUGCUGUUGUUGGUUGGACCUCCUUCGGGAGUCAUCCGUUAAAAUUGGAACGAUACAGAGAAGAUUAGCAUGGCCCCUGCGCAAGGAUGACACGCAUAAAUCGAGAAGUGUAAACAAUUUUUUUCAAUAUUUUCCUUUUCGCGCAGCACAUUACCGGGUUCCAGGGUAUCUUCAGCGUAGUUCACAAGUGCGCCUCUCAUUCUGGCGGUAGCUUCCCGUUCAAGCCGCAGCAUCCCCUUCAUGUCGUAUCCUUCCCUUUUUCGGCCGAUUCGGCCUGUUUUACGAGGUAGCAUCGUCCUCAGUGACAACAUAGCCUGGUUUGUACGGACGUCUUCUCGAUUCUAGGCCGCUUGUUUCACCCAUUUUUUCAGACAGUCCAAUUCACCGUGCUCUCUCAGCUUUUCAAGGUCCGUUGAGCAUGCCUUGCAAGGCUGAUUUAGGGGCCUUUUCGAUCUUUUCAAGGCUAACUGCGCCUGCAGCUUUCCCUGCUGCAGACCUCGAACGCCAGCCUAGAAUGUGCCUACCCGUACCACGCACCAUAAAAUCUUGGCACCAUUUCCCAUUUGUCCGCCAAAUUGCUUUCCCAGGUACAACUGCCCAGCCGGAGAAAUUGAGGCUGCUGAGGGUGGACACAGUCUGAAGAUGUACCAUUCUUAUCUGCCCGAUUGGCACUCGGUUGAGGUCGUUUGUCCUCCUGCGCAGUGGACCGGCACCGUGCAAUUGAGCUGCCGCAACGGGGUUCUGUCUCGACGGGAAGGGGGCGUCUGCAUGCGACACUGCAACGUGGAUUUUCUCGUGAGCAACGGCCUCAACAUCUUCAUCGGGAAGCAGCUGAAGCACAACAGCACAACUGCGGUCGACUGCGUGGACGGCGGGAACCCCAACUUCGCGGGUAAGCUCAAAGUGCACUGCAACAACGGCGCCGUUGCUGUGGAGGGCCGCUGCGGGAAGUUUUGUGGACCCACGAUGAUUGUCUCGAACGACGCGAUGGUGCUCACCUUCCGGCAGGACCACGACGAAACGCGCGGGUAUCCCUGCCCCAGUCCGUGGACCGGAACGCUGUCCCUGCUGUGCGACGACAAGAACCUGAUUACACUUGCCAGUUGCGGACAGCGGUGCGACGCUAGCACGAUUCUGGUCCGAGGCGUGACGAACAUGCCCUUCCCGACCGUGAACGACGUCGCGAUGGGUAUGCAGGGCAUCGACCACGGCGACGUGUAUGAAGCCGGUUGUCCCGCUGCAACGGAUGCUUUGUCUUAUACGGGAAACCUCUUCCUGCAGUGCGACAACGGUGUCACCAGCGUGCGUUCGGGUCAUUGCUACUUCAACUGCAAUAAGAUGGUGGUCAACUCGGGAGGGUUCCCGCAGUCGAUCGAGUACAUGGCCCACAACACUACGGGACCAAUCACCUGCGCAGCUGGCUUGGACACUGGAUACCUCAUCCUGAAGUGUUUCGACCAAGAACUGGAAAUUCUAGAGGGAAGUUGCACCAAUUCUCCAUGUAGUGCUGGAGUAGUAUCCGUCGCUGCAACACGAUUCCUGCCACUCCCGCACCCGCUCAUCUUUCACUUGAGUACUUACUAAUCACUCCCGCACCCGCUCAUCUUUCACUUGAGUACUUACUAAUCACUCCCGCACCCGCUCAUCUUUCACUUGAGUACUUACUAAUCACUCCCGCACCCGCCAUCUUUCACUUGAGUACUUACUAAUCACUCCCGCACCCGCUAUCUUUCACUUGAGUACUUACCAAGGUCACCUGAAGUGUCAACAUGUAUUAUGAAAUUAGUACCUAAGUGACAUACUCUUUUGUUUGAGAAAGUGUAAAGGUUUUGGUCUUCUUCGGUUUCAAAUCAUUAUGAACUUAGUCUUUUGUCAAGACAAAUUUAGUAACUAAUGCAUGGAUGCACAAUCAUUUUGCUCGUUGUACUUGGCAUCGCAUUCGCAUCUUUGAUGUAGAACUUCGGCUUUGAUGGUAUCAACAGCUCCUUCGAAGGAAGUCAUUAUCUAUUCUGGUCUAGACUCUGUCAGUCUCUAGCUCUACCACUACUUGUACUACUUCUUGUGAAAAGAACUGAAUGAUUACCUUCGCGUAUUUCUAGUCUUACCAAAAAGUUUGAAUUUUUGAGAUCUGAAUGAUCAACAUCAGGUUCAACCACCCUCGCGUGUCCGGAACCGCUGACUGGUAUGCUGACGCUUGCCUGCAAUACGCAAGUUAUUUCUGUGCCUUUCAGUGAUUGCGGGGAUCGGUGUCAGAUCAAUGGUACCAUUCUUCCGAACAUCAUCAACAACCUUGGUUUGCCGAUUUAUGGGGGAAUCCGCGUUGCCACGCCGUUGAUGGACCACAGCACGCGGCAAACGGUUGCUUGCCCUGGCCAAACGAAGGGAAUGAUCACCUUCGAGUGCCAAGACGGCACCCCGAAGCAGGUGGACGGCGGCUGCAACAAUCCUUGUCAGCCCUCGCAGUUCACGACGCCAACCGGCGCGAUUGUGCAGAUGUUGUACAUGGAACACAAUGAGACCAGGUACGGCAUGGAAUGUCCCAUCGGAACGACGCGAGGAGGAACCAUCGACGUCACGUGUCUUAACGGAACGCAUCACCGAACAGGUGGCGUCUGUCUCACGGAUUGCCCUGCUCGCGAAUUCACAAGCAACACAGUCAUGCUGAGACACCCGAGCAUUGCGUACUUUUGAUUGGUUAAGAGAUAAGCAGUAAAAGGAUCGGUUGAAGUAAGUAAAUGAAUACGUGGAUCUCCCCUUGAUCGAAUAACAACUUCAUCUUGACAACAUCUUGAAGAAGAUAUUAAUAUAUUUGAUGGCCCCAUCAUGCUUAAUUGAUUCAUCUUGCCGAUGGUAGAGAAAGACCAUCUAAGACGCAAUGACGAUGAAUUGGCUCAAAGAAAGUAUCAGAAUGGCACUUAAUCUUAAUUGUUCUUCUUGGUUUUUUCUCGCGUUGGUAGCCUUAAAUCACUGGUUCUUGUUCUUGUUGUCAAACUUUUUUUGAAAUUUAUCCAAUAAAUUUCCAAUUUCGGACACCUUCAGGCACGGCCAGUCGUAUCAGGCGCAGUGUUCCUCGUGGAAUAACGACUACACGGGUUUGAUCACGAUCGCCUGCUUCCAGGGCAAAGUGAACGAGACGGGACGUUGCAAUCGUCACUGCCCGCCCGGCGCCGUGGUGUCGAAUGGGGCGACCGUUCCGCACGAGCAAAUCGAUCAUGGUGUAGCGGUGAACCUGACUUGUGCUCUCGCAAACGUCGGAACGAUUGAUUUUGCGCACACACUGCAGCUCAGUUGCUCGGACGGCAAAGUUCUGAUUGACGCGGCCUAUCAGAAUGACAAGAAAAAUCUCACAGGAACCUGCAUGCGAAAUUGCUUGGGUACAUCAAUCCACUUGCUCGAUGUCUUAAUGAUCUAAGAUUUCUCUCUAGUUUGAUUUUUUUUGGCUUUGGUUUAUUACUUACCUGAAGAUUAUAUAUAGAUAUCUACUAACCUUUUUCUAAAAACUUUUUUGCUGAGGAUUAUACAUUUUGCUCCUUUCUACUUGCUCAGCUAAAAACAAAUCAACGAUCGAAUUCGAAAUCAUCCAAGUACUAUUGUUCCCUUCAAAAUGAAAAUCUAAAAACUGUGACGCUGCACCACGCAGGUCCGACCAAGCUUUUCGGGACGUCGUUUAAUCAUCAGAAGAUUAUUGAGGGGACGAUGGUCCAGGUCCAAUGUCCGGGUCCCGGUCUGCUGAUGCUUCAGUGCAUCGACGGCAUCGCGAGUCCGUUUGAAAGUAAGUGCUUUCAGACGUGCCCGCCAUCGACUUUGUCGACCUUGAAGAUGAAGGGAGUGCAACGGAUUGAAACUGGUAUAAUACAGGAGAUAGUGAUAGCACUGCUGCAGGAAUUUAAAGCCAUCGGAGAUUAGAUGAUUCGCGUGUUGAUUUUGGAAGUUGGUGAGAGCAAUGUAGUCGUGGUUAUGCUACAAUGGAAUUUCUGCUCAUCCUUCUACAGUUGUCACUGCCACUUGGGAUGUUUCUAUUACGCACGAUGUCGUGUAUCCCGCCCCAUGCGACCCGACGAUAGCGACGGGCUACGCUGAAAUCCAAUGUAUGGACGGUGUGGCCCGUGUACAGGCGAGCUUCUGCAAAUUGAAGUGCGACGCGGGUGACAUCAUUCAAGAAGAUCCAGAGGACCUAUACAAAUUCGAUAUUCGGCUUUCACACGGCGAUCUCGUCGAUGCCGAAACAGAAGUGGUGCAAUGUCCAUCGCACUUGGCGGGACGCGCUACUGUGCAGUGCGAUGACUCGAUUGUCAAGAUCGUAGCAGGUGCAAAAAAAUACUUAUCAGAAGUUUGAAGACGAGUUUGUUGUAAAUUGCUAUUGCUUACUAGUAUACAUCAAGAAGCUUUCAUUACUAAUUGCAGUAUACAACUUCACUGAUCUGAAUCUUAUGUAAUUAACCUCCUCCCAUAACAGGCUUCUGGUUCCCCAUUAUUUUCUCUUAGGGGUGCGCUGCAAAUCUUGACUGGCUUUCACCUUUUGGUGAAGGUUUAGGUCCAGCGGCGCUCAAAGCACUAAGUAAAACAACCGGUUAGUUUUCACCUCCACAAUUCUAGGCUUAUCCCGUGCAACGAUAUACAAGCUUAAAUUUCAUUCUAGAUGUAGCUUAUCUCAUUUCCAGCACUGUUUCCUCCGCUUCAAAGCUCAUUACUAAUACCCUGUGCUGUCCUGCUGCUAUAAUAUCGGUAUCGCAUUUGCACAUUUAGAUUAUGUUUAUUGAUUCUGAUUGAUUGCGAUUCAGUCUUCACAACGUUCUUUCGACAUCGACGAGAUCAAGAAUAAGAGAUUGCUACAACGAGUAGUGAAUAUUCGUCGCUCCCGCGCAUAACACAACGUAGGUAGAUCGUAAACUGAUUUUGCGGACGAAGAUCAUCUUCAGCUUCAGAUGCUAGCUUCAAUCACGAUGAAAUAAGAUAAUUGUAAACUCUCUGUCGUUGUACUUGAUAGUUUACCAGCUUGCAAAUACUAAUAAAUAGAAAUACCUUGUUCCUUGUUCAUUGUAAACACUCGGUACAUUCCAACUCAGGUUCUUGUGGCACGUCGAAUUGUAUGCCUUCGGAACUUUUAAGUGGUGAAAAUUUAAUGAUUUCGUAUCCGCAAAUGAAUCACGCCGAAACGUACGAGACUGAUUGUGGUGCCGGUUUCAUCGGGAGAAUUCGCUUUCGUUGCGAGGAAGGCGUCGCAACCCGGGAGUGGAUUCGAAUGAACUACCUCAAUCAGAUGAGCAAUACGGUACCAAAGAGAAAUACCAUGACUACCUCGUGCUAAAUAUUAUGUGAAUGAAUGAAAAAACAGUUCUAACUCAACUAUACAACUAGAUUAUACAUAAAUACAUACUUUUUACUAUAAAGGAGCUUUGAAAGGUUUUUAACAUUUUCACUCUAAAUACAGGAAUGUACACCUAGCAAUAUACAAAAAGAAGCAAGCUGCUGGCGCCGCAUCACACCAAUGGAAGAAAGUCACGAGUGCAUAGUUCAAAAAAAUCCCAAGAUUGUCAUCUACAACUACAACAGGUCGAAACCGUUGAGUUGUGCGAGUGCUGUCUGACCAACGGGGUCUCCGCAUUGACAGUUGGCGAUGGGACAAUGGAAUUAGGAUCAGGAAACGAUCAGUUAGUGGGGUGGAUCUCUGCGGGAGGCCUCUUCAUGAUCGUCAUUCUCGCCGUCUUGCACUACAACAGUUUCUGGAGUCGACAUGUUACACCGCGAAUCCGCGACUCCCAAAUUAUGCGCUAUCUGCGUGCCAGGAGUGCCGCAAAAUGUACUACCAUAGAUAAUUACAUGUCCUUGCUUGAUUGUUCUUUUCAUUGCCUUUGCAGCGAUUUAUUCUAUCAUCUGAUUCAGUUUCUGCAGUAUCUGGCUAGACUCGUAAGAGUCGUCGUAGUAGGUGAAGAUUUCGAGGAAGCUUUCUUCUGAAAAAUUAGCCACCUGGAGUUCAUUUUGUAGGAACACGUCGAAAAAAAAAACUUAUCAUAAGUACUAAGGAUAUUGUCCUCUUCAUCCAGUUUCACUGUCAGAGACCUCAUUCUCACCACCGACGUGGAACAUGAUCAUGACAAAUCAAUAUGGAAAUCGAGAUCUUCAUCUUAUUUCCUCCCUUCUCAUCAGUUAAUUUAUCCAAUUUACUUUUCCCUUAUCUCCUUAACUCAUCAGCCGCUGCCACUCGGUCGGCAUUGCAGGCUAAGCUAGCUUCGUCACAGAAUAAGGGUAUCAGUCGUGCGCUGGAAAAUGUGCAAGAUGACGAAGAGGAAGAGAGCAGUGGAACAGGCACUUCGAUUGCGCCUCUCGAGGUGGAGGAUGCCGCGAAGGGAAUCGAAGAUGCUGGCUACGAAAGCAAGGUUUCACCGCAAAUCGAGGACGGGGAAGUAGUCUAAAAACGGUUAGGGUUUCUGGUGGUCAUCUCCGAGGAGCAGUUGUCUAAAAAAAUUGAGGAUGAAAAAGCGGGGUGGAUAUUUCGGAGAUAGAAACGUCUCCUAGAUGAAGCAGUCUAACAAAAUUGAGGACGGAGAAGAAGUCUAAAACAACUAGUAAAGCGCGGAUGCGAUACUAGGAUAGCAGCAGUCGGCUCACCUACGAGGAGAUGAGCGCUCACGACUGUAGCGGGCCGCCUUAUAGUAAAGUUCUUUUUUUAUGUAUAACGAGAAGCAACAAUAAUUUUUACUAAUAGGUGGACAAAGUUUAUGCCGGAUGUUUUUUCGGAAGGGAAGACUCUACUAAAAUGUGUAGUAGAGCGUCCUGCUGCUGCUUCUGCACUCUGGCGAAAGGCCUGUUGAAACUACAGUAUAACGAAGUGCGCGAUUAUGUGAGGUUCAGGUGCAGUAUGUGUAUGAUCUAGUAUGGAAUACUCGUCUCUAAGAUGACUAAGUUUAGUCAUAACAAUGACACACACAGACAUGCCUUACAAUUUUUCUGAUGUUACCUGCCUGCUUUGCAAAGCGUCUGUGGAAAGAGUACCUCUAAUUUAGUCUACAUACGCAGAAGAUGAAAGAACAGCCGCUUGGGCUGGUCCUCUUGCUGAAAACCUUGAUAAACGAUUAAAUUGCUCUUGUUUAUAGUGAACUGUUUUUCUGUGGUGACUGUUGUAAUGUACUUCUUUGACAUAAUUUCUUGUUCCUGAAGAUCUCGCUUUUUGUCUAAAUUCAUUCGUGGGCUGGUAUAUUACAUUCAUUGGGCGGCUACUCAAAUACAGAACUUGGAACGAAGACUAACUAAUCCAUCAUAAAGAAACAAGAAUAAGAGUAACAAGAAAUAAGAGAGUACGUUGGCAGCUUGUCAAAUAAGGUUAAAGGUCGAAUUUGUCACGUCGGUUCUUGCUUCAACAACCGCCCGAGAAGACUCUUCGAGAAUUCAUCGAUUCAUUAUUCACUUCUAGAGCGGCUACUCUAUACCCCCUUGGUAGUUUCGCUCAGCUCGUUGCUCAUUUCCCACUAAGAGAGAUGCUGAUACACGAUACACCCUUAUUUGAGUGAAAGAUGACUACUUCGAAACAGGACCAAGAAAGUUGCUCUCUCUUCUACAUUCCCGUGACCUAUCCUUUUUUUGUGCAGCAUGGUUCUCGGGAUAUUCGGAUCAAUGGGGCUCCUGAGCCGGUUUCUAAUUCUAGUAUCUGUGUAUAGAUACAACACUCACACUCCAACGUCUACAUACUCUUCAGAAUUUACGACAGGAAAUUUUAGAACAAUUUUCGAAAAGCUAUUGUGGGUCAUGAUCGACCCGAAGAUACGC